AUGUAUGGUACCAAAAAUGCAGAAGUCAGUGCAGACCAUCUCAAAAAUAUGAAAAAUGUAGCUACUACUAUUUCAAAACAUCUCGUUAGUAACAUAAACAAUGCUGAAAAGAAGAACAUGAACAAUCAUCAUAAUGGGAAUUUUGAAAAUACAGAAAAUAAGGCCACCACUUCUCAAGCAACAUCAUUUAUCAGUACUGAAAGUGACACAUCAGAGUUAUUUACUGGAAAACGUAAAACUAAUGGAUUUAAUGUUGUAAAAGACCAUGUUGAUCGUGAAAAUAAUGUUAUUAGAAAAAGAACUUAUGUUUGUCAGCAUGGUCGAUAUUAUGAAUCCAACUCUAAUAAGGAAACAGGCACUAAAAAAAUGUGA